AUGCGAUCCCUCCUCACAUCAACUCUGCUCAUCAGCAUUGCGACCGGUGCCGUCGUCCCCAAGGAUCCUGGACAUGGCCAGGGACAGAACAAGAAGCUCAAUGUCCAGGUCGGACCACGGCCCUACUUUCUCGUUGAGGACAUGGACGAGGGACCGUUGAAGAAGAAGCUCCAGUCCUGCUCCGAGGGUCCAUUCAAGGUGUCCAACUUUAGCAUCUCGCAUCGUGGAGCACCUCUGCAGUUCCCGGAGCACACGAGGGAAUCGUACUCGGCCGCCAGAAGGGAGGGUGCAGGUAUCAUCGAAUGCGACGUUGCCUUCACCAAGGACAAGAAGCUCGUCUGCCGCCACGCCCAGUGCGACCUGCACACGACGACCGACAUCCUGGCUCGCCCAAACCUCGCGGCCAAAUGCACGACUCCUUUUACUCCCGCACGAAACGGCACACCGGCCCAGGCGAAGUGCUGCACCUCGGACAUCACGCUGGCCGAGUUUAAGACCCUCUGCGGCAAGAUGGAUGGCUACAACGCCAAUGGCACCACCGUGGCCGAGUACAUGGCCGGUACCCCGCCAUACCGAACGGAUCUCUAUGCCACUUGCGGCACCGUCAUGGCGCAUGACGAGUACCUCAAGCUGGUGGACGGCUGGGGCCUGAAGUUCACUCCCGAGUUGAAGACUCCCGAAGUCGAGAUGCCCUUUGACGGCUACACCCAAGAGCAGUAUGCACAGGACCUUGUCAACGCAUACAAGAAGGCAGGCAUCAAGCCUGAACGUGUGUUCCUGCAGUCAUUCCUUCCAGCCGACAUUUUCUACUGGAUCAAGAACGAGCCUGCUUUCGGCCAGCAGGCCGUGUACCUUGAUGAGCGCGUCGACACGCCCGAAGGAUACGCGAAUGCCACGGCCUCCAUCCCUGACCUUGCUAAGAAGGGCGUCAGGAUUCUCGCACCCGCUUUCUUCGCUCUCACCAAGUUGGACUCGAACAGGAACAUCGUCCCCAGCGAGUAUGCGAUCGCGGCCAAGAAGGCUGGAAUCAAGCUCAUCGGUUGGAGCUUCGAACGGUCUGGGUUCCUGAAGACCGGCGGGGGCUAUUACUACGACUAUGUCAAGGAGGUGAUUAACAAUGACGGUGACAUGUACACGGUUUUGCAUGCCCUGGCCCAGCAGGUGGGUGUUAUGGGGAUGUUCUCGGAUUGGCCUGCGACUGUUACGUAUUAUGCUAGUUGUUUCGGCUUGUAAAUAGGAUGUGAAGAACUGUCGAUGUAAGAUAUCGAGACAGGACUGCAAGUACCGGUACAUAGAAAGAAAGCUCUGGAUGAGAGUAAAGAGACGCAACGCAGAUACAUGAUGUUUGUUUGGCAUGAUGCAUAAGAUCAUUUUGGAAGAAUGCGAGAAUUCAAUAGAGACGGUUUGAGGUACUAGCUCUUUGACGUUCGGCUGUGAAUCCCGCAGCAUCUCCUCUGUACUGCCGCUUCUCACAUUCAGCUGAAAGGAUUGGUGCUGGAGCGGGUUGACAGACCGGCUUGAUCGCAUCUGUCCGGCGUUAACCUUUGAGGCCUCAAAGCUCUCUUCGACUUAUUGGAUAGUCGCCAAUUGAAUUUGGCUAAUUAGGUAACUUAACCUACCUAGAAAGCGCAGUGUGGUGUUCAGUUGUACCUGAAAGGAAGCAGAACAGAGUUCCGUUGGUGUUUGAGUGAUGGCUGGAAUUG